CAUCGUCCUCCCUCUGCCGUUUUAUGCAAGGACAUGCGCAAACAACACCCCGCCCACCUGUGCCGACACUCGGCCGCCACUCGGCCCAAGCCCAAGCCAAGACCCCAGUCACCCUCACACCCCAACUCCAGUCGAGUUUACCACCACAUCCACUAACCCAUCCGAGACCCCGCCGACUGCUCCUGUUGGGAGUAUAAAUAAGACGCAGCCUCGCGCACACAGCCUCAGUUGCUGGAACUGUGUGUUGCUCGUUGCUCGUGGCCUCCUGUUUCGUCCUGUUUUCUCGCGUUCCUGUUUCACAACUCAAGUGGUAUCCUGUUAUUAUUGUGCUACGAGCUGCCGCUGCAAACUGUUGCAAGCUGAUAAACGGAAUUCUUACCGUCGGAAGUUAUUGUUUUCAUGUGUUUACCAAUUGCCGGUCUAGGCAUCAUUUGAUUACUUGCGGAGUGCUGAACUUGGUCAAUUGUCAAGCAGCAUUAUGACCAACUCGAAGCGCAAGCAGCCCCCCACACCCAAAGCCUCAGAUACUUCUUGCACAGACAGCAGCGAAAAAUCUGCAGCCACAGAUGAAGUGAGUUACACAACCGAAUCACAGCAGGAGAACCAACCGGAUAACGACAAGGAAGAGGAGCGGAAGCAAAGGGAAAAACAACUACCGGAGAGCACUCAAACAGCUCAACUGUUUAAAGUGUGUUUUGGACAUGAGCUGCAUAACUUUAAGAAUCUGAAUAGUUUUACGUGUUGGCUGCAACGUCCUGUCGACGGCGCCGCUCUGGGUGUAUUUCGGAUGCUGUACGGCGCCAGCAUGUUGAUUGACAUUGCCGAGGAGCGUGGCGGGGGGCAGCUGGAUGUGCGCUUCGGUGAGCCACAACACUGUCACUUCCCCCUUUUCAACGGCAUGAGGGCAUUGGAGUAUCCACUGAUGGGUUGCGUCUAUCUGUGCAUGUGGCUGGGCGCAUUGGGAAUUAUGCUUGGUUAUCGCUUUCGCUGGAGCUGCUUGACCUUCAUCAGUUGUUAUUGGUACAUCUUUCUGCUGGACAAGCCGGCGUGGAAUAAUCACAGCUAUCUAUUUGGUCUGGUGGGCACGUUGCUGCUCUUCACCCAAGCACACAGUUACUGUUCCCUAGACAGCUGGCUGAAGCCAGAGCUGCGACAGCCCGUGCCGUAUUGGAAUUACUUCAUCAUUAAAUUUCAGUUCUUCAUACUCUACAUGUAUGCGGGACUGAAGAAGUUCUCGCUGGAGUGGCUGUCUGGCUAUGCUAUGUCCAGUCUCAGCGAGCAUUGGGUAUUUGCUCCUUUCCGACAACUGCUCGAUGGGGAAAUCAUUGAUCUGCUGAUCAUUCAUUGGUUUACGGCAAUAUUUGAUUUCUCCAUUGCCUUCUUUAUGACCUGCGAGCGUACACGUCUCUUUGCCACGCCUUUUAUGAUCAGUUUUCAUCUGAUGAACUCGCGUCUCUUUGUCAUAGGCAUGUUCCCUUGGGUCUGUCUGGCGGAAGUGCCGCUCUUCUUUGGCUUCAGCUGGCCUCGACGCAUACGCUCCCUAGGCAAGUCAGUAAAGUUGCCAUUCAAUGAGAAACCAGAUCAGCAUAAAGCUGGCUUUAGAGCUCAAUUACGUAGCUGUCUCAUACUCUUCUAUUGCGCGCUCCAAUUGUUCCUGCCUUAUUCGCACUUUAUCACAAAGGGUUACAACAAUUGGACCAAUGGAUUGUAUGGUUAUUCCUGGGACAUGAUGGUGCAUUCCUACGACACGGUGCUGACCUCCAUUAAGAUUGUGGACAAUGAAAAUCAGCAGGUGCAUCAUUUAAAUCCCUAUGCAUUCACCGAGUACGAUCGCUGGACUAAAUUUGCUGACAUGGCUGUGCAGUAUGCCAAAUGCAUAGAACGGAAUAUACACGAGGACUUGGCCAAGCAUCCGCAGAACAGUCCGUUGACCAGUACCAACAUAUCCAUUUACUUUGACAUUUGGUGCUCGAUGAACGGACGAUUUCAGCAGCGCACCUUUGAUCCACGCAUGGAUCUACUAAGGGCACCAUGGUCGCCUUUCAAGAGCACGCCCUGGUCGCUACCGCUGCUCAACGAGCUGAAUCAUAUGCGUCCGAAACUUAAGACGAUUGCUAACGAAGUGCUUGCCUGGAAUAACUAUUCGGAUGUCAUAUUUGUGGCUGAUUUUCCAGGCCUAACACUGAGCAAUUUUAUCGCUCCAGCGCUGUACAAUUGCACAUUGACAAUUCUGGAAGGUAAUGUGCGCUACAAGAGUGCCAACGAUGAGGAGUCAUACUUUUUGACAGCUGGCAAGAGCAUUGGCCUGGAGAGCAAUUCCACGCAUACUGUAACCACCAUUGGCCAGAAGCCAGCCUCCUAUUUGUACACAUACGUCAAUCGUACUAUGCAGGAGGAGGAGAGCCUGUUGGAUGAGCCCAUUCCGCCCAAGGAGCGUCCAAUAUUGCCCAUCUGGCGGGAGCUCAAGCAGCGAGUGGCCAACUACCAACAGUUCCUUAUGCAUCUGGCCAAUUGUGUGCUCUACUUGGUGUACGAUGUUCCCAUUCCGAUGUCCGUAAGAGAGAGAAAUUAAGAAUGAAGCAGCUGAGAUCCUUUUCCAUUUGCUACCAUGCCUAUUUCCUUGCCUAUCCCUAAGUGUCACAA